AUGGUUAUCACACGCGCAAGAAAAUUAGCAUCAGAACUCGACGAACUCGAUAAUAUCUACGAGUCACUUAGCAAAAGACCGGAGAGAGCGGACUGGCUCGGAAGUGCCUCAUUGGACUCUCGGGAUCUCCAAUCUUCUAACUUCGUUUCACGGUUCUAUUGGAAGAUACGAUAUAAUGUCUUUACCACGGAGAGGUCGAAAAGGCAAGAUAUCGAAAACUAUCACCGUGCGUUGCGCGGUAAUGUUGCUCGGGCUUGUGCCGAAUAUUACGUGAAAUUUCUCCGCGACGAGAAUAAAGCUAGCAACGGUACGAUGGUUCGCGAAGGUAUUCACCAGACCUAUGAGGCUCUCCAUUAUGCAACAACAACAAGUAGGCAGGGCAUAGAGUCGACAAUUGAUGGGGUAUUACGGGAGUUUAAAAGGUACCACAGGUUACAGAAUAACUCACAGAAAGCAUUGCAGAACAUAUUACAGGAGGAUCGCGCGCAACGGACUCUUAAAGAGUUGGGCAAAAUAACGCAAAUUCGCCAAUUCGCUGAGGACAUGGUAGCUGCGGCAAAUAAUUUGACACGAGAUCUGGAUCGUGUAGAAAGAUAUCGGCGGGUAGAGGCGGAGAAAGCCCAAGCUCGUUCGCAGGGUCAAGGCUGGUUGAACUACAAAGGUAAACUCCUAGAUGUGAGAAUGGAGAAAGUGAUAGAUGAGAAGACUGGGGAGGAGACCACAGUAUACUACGACUACGAGUACCAGAUCGAUAGACCAAAGACGAUGGGGUCGGUCAUACGAAGCAAAGCCGAUGAGCUUGAGUAUGUAUGGCACUCGGUACAAUACUGCGAGAAUGAUCUGGCGUACCUGAACAUCUGCGAGGUGACACGAUUGAACUCGACACAGAAGGCACUAAGGCUUAGGAAUGAGUUCAGAGAGCGUGAUAAUGCGCUAGGCCGUAGGCCACCGACUUGUGAUGAGCUCGGGAAUCUGGUACAUCUUAGAAGUAUUUGCAAAGAGAAGUAUCUUGAUUACUAG